AGUGCGCAUUACGCAACCACAGCUGACCGUUUUCGUGCAACUGAACUAGGAUGUGAUGCGCUUAAAUCCAGCCUGCGGGAUCUCUCCUUCUCACAGUCACAGCUGAGAGAGAGAGCAGAAUGAUUUAAUGAAGGAAGAGGGGGAUUAUAUGAUAUACGCAGGUCAACAUCUGCCUCAGAAGGAUCCAAACACGAGCAGAAAAUAAAAAUCACAGCUCUGCUCAUUCUUUGGCGCUUCAGUUCCUGCUAUUUUUGUUCUGUUAGAUUCUCGUCUGCAGGGGGCGUGCUGGUGGAGCUGUCUGCUUUUGAAUGGGGGUGUGCUCUGUUCCCAUCAGCACUGGUGAGCAGCAGCUGAGCGCUUCCCAUCAUUUCUCUGUAAAACCUGCCGGAGAAAAACUCGUUUAGCUGCAGCUGAUACCCGAGCAAUCAUGUUCUGCAGACGGGCAUGGCAGAGAGUCGGGCCGCUGGCACGGAGGUCUUUCAAGCCGACACACAGAUACGCUCCGGUGCGACACAUGGCCUUCGGUGUUCCCGGAGGCUCCACCAACAUGACGUACUUUGUUUUGUGUGGCGGCGGCCUCACUGCGGCAGUUGUUUAUGCAUACAAGACGGUCAACGAUGAUACCGAGCGUUACGAGGAAAGACUCGCCAACAUGGGCUCCAUGGCGAAGGCUUCUUCAGCAAAGGCAGCACCAGAGGCAGCUCCACCUGCAGUUGAGCCUGCACCAGUGGAGGAGGAAGCCCCUGCUGCUGAGGUCAUUGCUGAGUCGGCCACUGCUGCUGCUGCAGAACCUGUAGGAGAGACAGCUGCUGAACCUGUUGUGGAAGCUGCAUCUGAAGAAGCAGAAGCUGCCGCCGUCUCUGAGGCGGUCGUUCCAGAGGCAGCAGCUGAGACGGCAGCUGAGACGGCAGCUGAGUCAGCAGAGACGGAGGACGCCGCUCCACCUGUGGAGGCAGAGGUGUUUGCUGAAGCGGCUCUGGAGGCCCCAGCAGAGGAACCAGUGGCAGAAAACGCUGAGUCUGCACCAGAGCUGCUCACAGAUGUUAAGCUCUUGACCGGCUCAACAGCUGAAAUUGCUGCUGCUUCUGUUGGUGAGAAGAAUCCGAUGGAGACUGUCCAACAAACUGAAGGUGAAGGAAAGGGACACAAGGUGCUCGAAACAGAAGCUUUGGAAGAAGCCUCAGAGGCAGUGGCCAAGGAAGCAUCUGAAGAGGGAGCAGUUGUAGAAGGUGAGGAGGAGGUGAAGUCUGGAGAAGGUGAGAAAAGUGCAGAAGAUGCUCAGACUCCAGCUGCUGAAGAAGUGAUAGCGGAGGUGACAUCUGCUCUGGCUGCAGCUGUGGACAAGGAGGCAGCGGCUGGAUCUCAUCCUGAGGAAACAACAUCUCCAAUGCCCACUGUGGACGAGGCAGAGGCUGAAGUUCAACCUGCUCCUGAGGAGGCCAUCGCUGCUGAAGAUGCUGCUGAAGAUGAGGCUGUCUCCUCUGAAGAUGCUGCUCCUCCCGAGGAGGCCACAGUCACCGGUGAAGGUGCCCCACUGGAUGAGAUUUCAUCAGCUGACCAGGCAGCAGCUGAAACAUCUGCAGAGGAGACAGCUGAAGCUGCUGUCAGCACAACUCAGCUGGCAGCAGCCUCCGUUGGAGCGGACCUAGAGGUUCUUUCAGUUGCAGAAACAGAGCCUACAUCAGGAUCUCCUGUGCAUGAGGAGAAACCCUGCCACUCCUGCCACUCUGCUCCCUCAGCAGGAGAGGAGGUGGCGCCACCUGCUGCUGUAGGAGAGGAGCUGAUCGCCGAUGGAGCUGUGGAUACUUCACAAGAAGCCAAGGACGCAGCCUCAGCACAAACCAUGGAGGCGACGGUGGUGGUGAUAGCCCAGUCGUGACGGGACAGACAGUGUGCCUUCCACAACACUCGCCUAUCUGUCAACCAAGCCAGAGCGACCGGCGGAAAACAAAAAACAUGAAUAGAGGUAGUCACAGGUGUAACUGACUCGAACGUCCUUUCUGAAAUGUUAUCAGAGUUGUCUUCUGUAUUAGUGCUUGUGAGGUGAUUCCUAUCAUGUCCUCUAGGUGCCACUGUUGCAAAACCUUUCAUGAUCAGCUGAGGCUUCUUUAAAUCUUUCAGCAGGCAGUGGAAGUGGGUUACUGUAAUACUGUGUUUUAUUUUAGUACUGUGAUAGACCACUUUUAUAGAUAAUAAGCUUGCCAAUGUGGACAAGACUUUUUAAUGGGAGUGUCACCUCAGUGUGAUUUACCUGCUCAUAUCAGCUCACAUACAUGUAAUAACUUUAUUUCAGAACCAGAGUUACAAAGUUCUUCAAAAUAUUUACAAAAAACAAUCUUAAAACAGUAGAACGUUUAUAAAAUGAGAACUGCACAAAUAGAUGUAUAAAGGUGAGGAAAAGCAUCAGGUUUAAUAACAGAUAACAAAAUCCAAAAGAGGCAAAUCACAGACAAUGAAGUGAAGAGCAGGGGCAUCUUCAGAAUUUUUUUUCAUAGGAGUGGCCAUAUGGGGGCCACUAAAAAUAUUGGGAAUUUCCAGUUUUAUUAUGCUGUUGUCAAAUAUUGGUUACUUAAAAAGAAGAGAAGAGAAGAGAAGAGAAGAGAAGGGCAGGACUAUUUAUACACCCGGGGCUAACCGGUUUUGUGUUACUCUAACGAAAUGGUACUAAAACAGGAGAAUGAGACACAGGUGAAAGUAAUCAGGAUAUUCAGACAGAUGAGUAAAACCCAAAACAAACUAUCAAAAUAAAAUAAAAAAACAAUCCACAAAACAGGAAGAAACACUGAGGGAAGUAAGCAUGUGAGAAAUCCAUCUAUCCAUCCAUUUGAGUGUGAGUUAUCUUGCCUGUUGUUACAGGCUGUUCAGUUCUUUUACAACACAGUGAGAGCUUGGUCCGUAUUGCCAAUAAUAAGUUGGAUUUAGUCCUGAUCGCAGUUUGACAGCCAGUGCUGUCCUCUGUCGGGGAUUAUAUUCCUAAUUUCUAUGGACAGGAUUUCUGUGUGUAGGCAAGCACGGGAAAGUCUCCGGUUUUGUGGCUGAUCGAUCUCAAGUGCUUUGAGUGCUCAAGCAGAGUAGAAAAGUGCUAUAUAAGAAUCAGUCUAUUUACCAUCUAAUAUCUGUUUUUUAUGGAUGUGGUUCUGUUGGCUUCAUCAGGUGACCACCUCCAUCUCGCACUGGGGUGGUUCGCAGCUGAGUUUGAAGCAAUGAGAAUGAAAAUGAUCUCCUCUGAGCCUGGGUGGAGUGCUCACUCUGGGUGAGAGAUGAGUUGCUGUGCUAAGUGAAAGAGUCUAAGUAUCUCGGGGUCUUGUUCACAAGUGAAACGAACAGGAGACUGACAAACAGAUCAGUGUUCCAUCCGCAGUGCGGACACUGUACCGGUCUGUUGUGGUGAAGAAAGAGCUGAGCAUGAAAAUAAAGCUGUCCAUUUACCAGUUACCAACCUUACCUAUGGUCACAAGCUCAAGGUAGUGGAUACAAUAAUGUCAUCUCAAAUACAAGUAAUGGAAAUUCCUCUAACUUAGAAAUCGGGUGAGGAGCUCAGUUAUUUAUGAGUGGCUUAGACUGGAGCCGCUACCCCUCAGCAUUGAAAGGAGCCAGCUGAAGUGAUUCAAGCAUCUGACUACGAUACUUCCUGGGUGCCCUCUGGGUGAGGGCAGACCCAGCACACGCUGGAGAGAUUAUAUCGCUCAGCUGGCUUGGACACAUCUUGCUAUCGCCAUAAAUAAGGUGGAGGAGGUGCCUGUGUAGAGGGAGGUCUGGGCUUCUCUGUGUAAGCUGCUCCCCCACAAUCCAAACCCAGAUAAGUGGCAGAAGAUGGAUGGAUGGAUGGAUGGAUGGCUGGCUGGCAGACAAUCUUUUUCUCAUAAUACAAAGGCAGGUACUUACAUGACUGUCUUAUUAUCCAUAUAUAUUAGAAUUUUCUAGGUUUUAGUCUUCCUCUACAACUACAAUAAAAAAAAUAAGUGGGGUUUUAUUUACUCAAAGGAAAAAAGAAUUUUGUUUGUCAAAUGGCAGAAAAAUAUUGUUGUUGUUUAUAUUUUAGCUUCUGCAACAAAAGUUUGCUUUGAGUGGUUUAAAUAUUAAGUAUGUGAACGUCAGUGCUUCCAGUUAUGUAAGAGUGACACAAAAGCUUUAUUUUACAUACAGAAAUAAACAUGUUAUUGAUGCACUUUUCCUUCUUUUCUGAUACCACUAGCACCUAAAAUAGUUUAGAAAAAAGUGUUGAAAGGUUAAACACACAAACACAGACACAUAUACACACAUACGGAGGUGAAAAAUACCUGAUGCCAGAAAAUAUCCCGUAAACACACUUCCACAUCCAUACCAACACCUGUCUAUACUUACACAAAUCUCCAUUUAUGUGCAGACUGGGUAAGAGAAUAAGAGAAAAUGAUUGUAGAUAUACAGAUUGAAACUUUGUUUAAUAUAUUUGCAUAUUAAACAGUAACUUUAAAGCUUGUAAUUAGCAAAUUGCUCUGCAAAUGACUUCUCUGUUGUCUGAUAAUGUGCUCAAAUUUUAAAUAAAGUGAUGUAAUAACACAUGA